AUGGAGCAUGGAAUCAGACAGCUACGGAAUCCGUGGGCUGAUGGUCCAGAGUACAUAACACAGUGUCCGAUCCGACCAGGUCAAAGCUACACUUACAGGUUCACAAUCGAGGAUCAAGAAGGUACACUUUGGUGGCACGCUCAUAGCCGAUGGCUCAGAGCCACCGUCUAUGGUGCUCUCAUCAUUUACCCUCGUCUUGGUUCUCCUUAUCCCUUCUCUAUGCCCAAACGUGACAUCCCAAUUCUUCUCGGGGAAUGGUGGGAUAGAAACCCAAUGGACGUUUUGAGGCAAGCACAGUUCACAGGAGCAGCAGCUAAUGUCUCCGACGCUUACACAAUCAACGGUCAACCAGGUGAUCUGUACCGGUGCUCGCGGGCUGAAACCGUCCGUUUCCCAAUCUUCCCCGGCGAGACGGUGCAGCUCCGUGUCAUCAACGCUGGUAUGAACCAAGAGCUCUUCUUCUCGGUCGCUAACCACCAGCUCACAGUUGUGGAAACCGAUUCCGCCUACACAAAACCAUUCACCACUAGUGUCAUCAUGAUCGGUCCCGGCCAAACCACAAACGUCCUCAUCACUGCAAACCAGCGACCCGGCCGCUAUUACAUGGCUGCUCGCGCCUACAACAGCGCAAACGCCCCAUUCGACAACACAACCACAACCGCUAUCUUAGAGUACGUCAACGCUCCAACUCGACGAGGCCGCGGACGUGGUCAGAUCGCUCCGGUUUUUCCAGUUCUCCCCGGGUUCAACGACACUGCAACCGCAACCGCUUUCACCAACCGUCUGCGGUAUUGGAAACGAGCUCCAGUACCACUCCAGGUCGACGAAAACCUCUUUUUCACGGUAGGGUUAGGGCUAAUCAAUUGCGCCAAUCCGAACAGUCCGCGUUGCCAGGGACCCAACGGGACCCGGUUCGCGGCCAGCAUCAACAACCAGUCAUUCGUGCUACCACGAAGAAACUCAGUCAUGCAAGCUUAUUACCAAGGCAUGCCCGGAAUCUUUACGACGGAUUUCCCGCCUGUUCCGCCGGUGCAGUUUGAUUACACCGGUAACGUCAGCCGCGGGCUAUGGCAGCCCGUAAAGGGAACCAAAGCUUACAAGCUCAAAUACAGAGCUAAUGUUCAGAUUGUGUUACAAGACACGAGCAUUGUCACGCCUGAGAAUCAUCCUAUGCACCUUCACGGGUACCAAUUCUACGUUGUAGGGUCCGGUUUUGGGAACUUUAACCCGAGAACUGACCCGGCUAGGUUUAACCUGUUUGACCCACCGGAGAGGAACACCGUUGGUACACCUCCAGGUGGUUGGGUUGCAAUCCGGUUCGUAGCUGAUAAUCCAGGAGCAUGGUUUAUGCACUGUCACAUCGAUUCGCAUUUGGGAUGGGGUUUGGCGAUGGAUACUACUUUCUCUGAAUGUGCUCACUGCUUCACCGUACUAUCCUACGCACCCCUCCGGCUCAAUCUCUUAUCCUGCGCACCUUUCCUUCCGCCAUGGCCACCGCCGCUUCUUCCUCCUCCUCUUCAUUGCUCCUCCCUUCCAAAUGCCUCCUCCCUCGGAUUCGCCGUCAAGAAUCUCAGCCGAUCUAGGGUUUCCAUGAGCGUCUCCGCUGGAUCUCAGACUACUGUCAACGACUCUCUGUUCGCCGAUUACAAACCCACCUCUGCUUUUCUGUUUCCCGGUCAGGGAGCUCAAGCAAUAGGGAUGGGGAAAGAGGCUCAGAGUGUUGAAGCAGCAGGAGAGUUGUAUAAGAAAGCCAACGAUAUCUUAGGGUAUGAUCUUCUUGACAUUUGUGUUAAUGGACCAAAAGAGAAGCUUGAUUCAACUGUCAUUAGCCAGCCUGCUAUAUAUGUCACAAGUCUAGCAGCAGUUGAAUUGCUACGUGUUCGUGAGGGCGGAGAACAGAUUAUUAACUCGGUUGAUGUGACUUGCGGUCUCAGUUUGGGAGAGUACACUGCUCUGGCAUUUGCUGGAGCCUUCAGCUUCGAGGACGGACUAAAGCUUGUAAAACUUAGAGGAGAAGCCAUGCAGGCUGCUGCAGAUGCUGCUAAGAGUGCCAUGGUUAGUAUCAUAGGGUUAGACUCAGAAAAGGUUCAGCAGCUGUGUGAUGCAGCAAAUCAGGAAGUAGAUAAAGCCGACAAAGUUCAAAUCGCAAACUACUUAUGUCCGGGUAAUUACGCAGUAUCUGGAGGUCUUAAGGGAAUCGAAGCUGUUGAAGCCAAAGCUAAGUCAUUCAAGGCUCGAAUGACGGUUCGUUUAGCUGUUGCAGGAGCCUUCCACACAAGUUUCAUGGAACCAGCAGUGUCGAGAUUAGAAGCUGCAUUGGCAGCAACGGAGAUCAGAACUCCGAGGAUUCCAGUGAUCUCCAAUGUCGAUGCACAGCCUCAUGCUGAUCCAGACACGAUCAAGAAGAUACUUGCAAGACAGGUGACAUCUCCAGUACAAUGGGAGACAACAGUAAAGACUCUCUUAUCAAAAGGACUUAAAAGUAGCUAUGAAUUGGGACCUGGAAAGGUGAUUGCAGGGAUAUUCAAGAGAGUAGAUAAAAGCGCCACUGUUGAAAACAUCAGUGCUUGAGAGAGACUCUGUGGCUAUAGCUUUUGUUCAUCUAUUUGAGUUGAGAAUCAUUAAAUAAAAAAAAAAAUUGAGCUCAGAAGAAGCGAGGUUUAUAUCACAUCCGAAGAUUCAUCACCACAGCUCAAGAAUAUUUCAUCACAGCUCCAACAAAUCUGCACCAGCCGGGAAUCGAACCCGUGUCUGUACCAUGGCAGGGUACUAUUCUACCAUUAAACCACUGGUGACAAUUUGUUUAUGUUACUUUUCUAAUGCUAGUAAACAAAUUUCGUUUCUGUUAUCAACAAAGUGG